CCAGAGUCUUUGGCACUAAAUUCACGCCGUAUUUUCCUACGUGGUAGUCGCAUCCACCCAUCGAUUACAAAUCAACUGAUAAACUAUAUACAUUGUCCAAACUAUAUACUUCCUAUUUUAUACACGCUUUAACACAACGUAAUAAAUUCUGUGUUUGCUUCAAAAGAUAAGAGUGAGGAACGUUUUCGACGUUUUCCGGCUGACUAAAAUGCGAAACCGCAAUUAAAAGUGUUCAUCCACUCAAACACACCCAAAAAAUGGAAAUCGUGCAGCGAAUAUUAACAGCGCUUGCAAUACAACUCAUCCAUGGCAUAUCCGCGGCACAACUACACCUAACCGCUGUCAUCAUCUACGCUGCCGUAAACCUAGUGUUUUUCGUGUUUUUCCUCAUCAUGAUCACGUUCUGCACGUGCAAAAAGUGCUUUGGUCGUGAAAACAAAGACCUUUUAGAUGACACCUACAUCCACUUCAACACCGUGGAUUCCGACGUCAAGAGUAAAGAACGGACGUCACGUUACAGCAUGGACACAGAACACGAAUUUAGUUACUAUGAUAAUAUAAGUAAUAACCAGCGACCAGCGUCAGAAGUCGCCACGAUGAAGCUUUUAGGAUAUUAGUAAUUUAUUUAUGUUUUACAAUAAUGUCAGUAAAAAUCCCGCUAAUAAAUCUUUCGUAAAUAUUUGCAUAGUGGAAACACUCACGUUCCUGGUGUAAAUUCGCAGUACCACCAGUUGAGUAAAAUGCGUUUCCGCCGUUAUCACUGUGAUUCAUAAGCCCCAAUGAUAAGAACAACGAAUGUUAGUGCUAAAAGUGUAAGACGGAAGAACCCAUGGAUCUGGUGCAAGAAGUCCGGACCCAUCCCAGCAUCAUCAUCAUUAUAAUCGGGUUUAUGGCAACCGUUGCAUCGGCGAUUUACGUGUGCAUCAAUAAAAACCACAUACCGAGGGAUAAAAGAGAUCGCGAUUACCACGAGAUAGACGCAGAUGGACAAAGAGUGUCGAUAAUAAGUGAUUAUAGUACCAAUGGGGAGUACACGUUUUAUCGAGGGUCACCCUCGAGUAGCCGAACUACUUUUCUAUAGAUAAUCUCACGAUAGCAAGUGAUGAAAUUAGUUGUAUUAUUAUUUCUCGAUUAAAGUGCCAAAUGUGGUUCCUUGUUUUA